GUUCUGCAAGCCGGCAGCGGCGGCCCUUUCAUCAGUGGAGCCGUGUUGCUGGGGGCUGGGAGGUUGGUUCUCCUGCUGAGUGGCUGUAGUGUGUCGUAUGAUUCUUUUUGGUGCGGGGCCGUUUUUCCUGAGCGUGCGAUCUCGGUUCCUCAUCGGCUGCGGAAAGCCCUGUUCCCACCUUCCCUCUUUCCCUUUCGGUGUGUAUUUUAUAACCCUCUUUUGUUUUGCAACCUGCCGCAUCAUGUCGACAUGAUCCGUGCAGAGAACAAUGGCUCUUGUCGGCAUUGCGAAAAGAGCAGUGGCUCUCACUCACCUCGACCGUAAACACUGACUCUGGGCAAUAAUAGUACGUAAUUAUUUUUAUUGUUGUCCUGCCAUCAUCCAACAAGACACCAAUAGUGGCAUCGAUUUCUCUUCCUGCUCAUCAUCUAGUCCACCACCAGCCGCCCACCCCCUUUUAUUCUUACAUCAGGAAGGCUCUCAUUUUAAUCGGGAGGACGAACGCCAACUGUUGGGUGGGUUGUGAGGGAAUUUGUUUGUGCGCUCCCUCUCUCGAAGUAAAGGACCUGUGAAGGCAUUUUAUCUCAUCGUUUCUGGACUCCGAGCUGUGGAAUUUUCUUGUUUUCCUAACGUUAUUCCGGGGAAAAUGGAGGCUGUUAUCGAGAAGGAAUGCAGUGCACUCGGUGGAUUGUUUCAGACCAUCAUCGGCGACAUGAAGGGAAGCUACCCGAUCUGGGAAGAUUUUAUUAACAAAGCAGGUAAACUGCAGUCCCAACUCAGGACAACAGUGAUGGCUGCUGCUGCCUUUUUGGAUGCAUUUCAGAAAGUGGCAGACAUGGCUACGAACACACGUGGUGCAACAAGAGAAAUUGGUUCAGCAUUAACCAGAAUGUGUAUGAGACACAGAAGUAUAGAGUCUAAACUUCGUCAAUUCUCAGUAGCUCUGAUCGAUUGCCUGAUAAAUCCACUUCAGGAUCAAAUGGAAGAAUGGAAGAAAGUGGCCAACCAGCUGGAUAAGGAUCAUGCAAAAGAAUAUAAGAAAGCUCGACAAGAAAUCAAAAAGAAAUCGUCUGAUACAUUGAAGCUUCAGAAGAAGGCAAAGAAAGGAAAGGGAGACAUUCAACCCCAGCUGGACAGUGCUUUACAAGAUGUAAAUGAUAAAUACCUUCUGCUUGAAGAGACAGAAAAACAAGCUGUUCGCAGAGCCCUCAUUGAAGAACGCAGUCGCUUUUGUGCUUUUGUUUCCAUGUUGCGACCUGUGGUUGAAGAAGAGAUGUCAAUGCUGGGAGAAGUAACCCAUUUGCAGACUAUUACAGAUGACUUGACUAACUUGACGAUGGAUCCUCACAAAUUGCCAACAGCCAGUGAGCAGGUAAUUAUUGACCUGAAGGGGUCUGAUUAUAACUGGACAUAUCAAACCCCUCCAUCUUCCCCAAGCACCACCAUGUCCAGGAAAUCCAGUGUCUGCAGCAGUCUGAACAGCGUUAACAGUAGUGACUCCAGAUCCAGUGGAUCCCACUCUCACUCGCCCACUUCACACUAUCGCUACCGCAGCUCCAACCAACCCCAGCAGGUUCCAAUGAGGCUGUCCAGUGUGUCAUCCCAUGAUUCUGGCUUCAUGUCUCAGGAUGCAUUCCAGUCUAAAUCCCCUUCCCCAAUGCCACCAGAAGGAACCAACCAGAAUUCAUCAAGCUCUGCCUCCUCUGAAGCAUCUGAAACGUGCCAAUCAGUGAGUGAGUGCAGUUCACCCACUUCCGUAAGCUCAGGUUCUACCAUGGGAGCCUGGGCAUCAACAGAAAAGUUGACAAAUGGGUUUGAUCACUUCAGUUCAUCUAGUGAACCAUACCUUGCCUCAGUUGGUACACGCUUUCUCCCACAUUUUCAGCCCUCUUCCCGACCCUGUUCCAGACCUUGUUCAGCUGCUCUCCCAGUUUAUCCUCAUUAUUAUACCAUUGGACCUGGCAUGUUUCCAUCAUCCAAAGUUCCUAGUUGGAAGGACUGGGCCAGACCAGGUCCUUAUGAUCAACCAGGAGUAAAUACCUUACCAAGACGUAAAGACUCAGAACAACGGCGAGAUGCUGAAGCUAAGACUCCAGUAUCUAUUGGCCAGAAUAUACAAAUAGAGGAGGCUCAGAGAACUAGAAGUAUGACUGUCUCUACUGCAUCAAGGCAGGGAGAGGAGGCAGAAAGUCAUGAAGAGCUGGCUUUAGCCCUCAGCAGAGGUCUACAGCUGGAUACUCAGAGGAGCAGUAGAGAUUCUUUGCAAUGCUCCAGUGGAUACAGUACACAGACAACCACACCGUGCUGUUCUGAGGACACAAUCCCUUCACAAGUUUCAGAUUACGACUACUUCUCAGUUAGUGGUGAUCAAGAUAUUGAACAGACAGAGUUUGACAAGUCCUCCACAAUUCCACGAAAUAGUGAUAUAAGCCAGUCCUAUCGUCGAAUGUUCCAGGCAAAACGCCCUGCUUCUACAGCAGGCUUACCAACCAACAGUGGCCCAGUGAUGAUGACGCCAGGAGUUGCCACAAUCAGGCGGACACCUUCAACCAAACCAUCAGUCCGAAGAGGAACUAUAGGAGGAGGCCCAAUACCAAUUAAGACUCCGGUGAUUCCCGUUAAAACGCCAACUGUGCCUGAUGUAGGUAGUAUAUCAGGUGUGCAGCCUGGACCAGAGGAAUGUCCAGAGCAGGGUUCUGAAGAUGCAGAAAUCUUGCAGAUCUCUCCAAAGAGAAGCAAUAUACCAUCAUCUGGUUGCCCACUGACACCUGUCAUCCCUCCUAUGCCAUCCCAAUCUCUUAGCCCCACAGAUGAAGAGAGGCAGUCUGUGAUGAGCCAGCAGAUAACUUCAGAAGUUGGAGCAUCCAGCCUGGGUACCACACUGGUAGUUGCAUCUGGGGAGCAGCUUUGUACCGAUUCAACUUUGACCUUGCAAGAGUUGGAUAUGGCAAAUGAGCAUUCCACAGCUGAGGCUGCAGAGCCCCCUCAAGGUGAAGACAUGUUGAGCGCCAUCCGUCGUGGAGUAAAACUGAGAAAAACAACAACUAAUGAUCGUUCAGCCCCAAGGCUUUCAUAAAUGUAUAAAUUGCAGAGAUUCAAGUAGAUUCUCUGUCAACCGGAGCAAUCUAUUUUCUUAGAAUCUCAAAAAAACACCACCGUGUAUUUUAUUUAAGGAGCUCAUGAGAGGGUAAACUGGUGGAGGAGAGAGAAAAGGCAAUGAGGUGUAGGCCAAAUAGUGGGGAUGGGGAAUUCUUACAAGUUGAUUACCUUUUUCGAUUUUAUGGUCUGUAAAUUUAAAAACUCUCUUCUGUUAUAGCUUUUUACUUUACCAGCUGCUUUUCUCCCCCUCCCUUCUGCCAAACCAGAAGGUGCCAAAUCAUAUCUGACAUGCUAUGAAUUUCAUUGUAAUUUGCUAGAGCAUAACAUGUUCAGUUUUUUUUUUAAUUCUGUAAUGAAAAAUUUCAUUUAAAAGAAUAUCAUGUAAAGUUGAUUGUAACAGCAAGUUAAUGAAGAAUGCAUCAAAUUAUAGGUGCAUAAAGAAAAAUUAAAGUUUUGACUUAGUGGGAUUUUAUUCAUAUUAUUUCUUUAUUUCUUUAGGAUAGAGCGAUAAGCAGCAUCAUUCAGUAUUAACCUUAGUUACUGUCUGAACAGUAAAUUGUGGAAAUUAUAACUACCAGCUAACAUAAUUUAAGCAAUACAGAACAAAUAGGAUAUAAUGGGUCAGUGUGAAUUUAAUGUUUAUUCAUAACUUAGAGUGCCAUGACAGUGACCGCCCUUACAAAAUGGAUGUUUUUACACUGAUAGCUAGGCAUACUGCAGUUUUAUAGUGCUUAAUGUUGAUCCUAUUGAAAUGAACCUUAUCCAGUCACACAACUUAUAAUUACAUAUCCUGUUUUAGGCAUUGCUUUCAUUAAAUUUAACUGUCCACAGAAAUUAGUUUUUUGAAUGCUUGUGAUCAGAUGUCAUCUUUUCAAACCCAUAGUAGUUAGUGUAUUCAUCUUUCCCUUUUCCCUUCUAUUUUUCUAAUUUUAAAUAUGACUUUUAGGCUAACAUAAUGGAAAGUAUGUGAAAUCAAGUAGUAACACAUAUUUUUAAAAGUCAAAGGUAGCAGGGAGUUCUCUAGGUAACAAUGCCUUUUUCUCAAAUUUUCUUCUUAAAAAAAUAAAUAGAUUAACCCAGCAGGCUGGGCUCAGUAAAAAAACCCAUAUAAUACAACUUUAAGAAAAGUAAGCAAAAUCUUCGUGCUAUGACAGAGCAGUAGCCAUAGAAUUACAGCUCAGGUCUUAUCCCUUGUGCAAAUGUACAUUCUUUUAAAAUUACUUUCAGGGGCUUGUUUGUUAUGUAUUGCAGCUCUUGAUUCAUAUCUACCCUGUAAUAAUAUUUGAAUACAGACAAUUACAAAAUGAAAGAGUACUACAAGCAGUGUGUAUAGUUGCCAGCUCCUCUCUGCAUGGUUAAUUCUUCAAUAUGUAUUAGCAUUUCUUGUAACCUUAAAUCCUAUUGUUUUGUCAGUUUUGUACUUCAUUCGUCAGUAAAUGCUCAGUGCCACCUCAAACUUUACUCUUUCUCUUCUCUUGAUUCUCAGCACCCCUUAAGGUGUCAGCAUGAGAUGAUGACAGUAUUUUGGAAUAUCAUUUGCUUCUCAAUGCAUUUCAAAGCCACUUCAAGCAUUUAAAGUCAUGUUUUUAGCUCAGACUUGCAAAUAUUUUUACAUGAUUUUCAAUACCUAAGGAAUCACAGACUACAGAAGAUUAAAUAUUUCCAUACACUGAGAAUACAAGAACAUUCUAGAGGUUUGAAACAUAAAAUACUGUUUGAAUUAAAUAAACUGAUGUGAAUCUAUUUUUGAUUUUUGUAUAAAUAACUAGGCAAACCAGCAUUUGAAGUUUCAUACAGUAGUUGCAACAUGUUUAAUAAACAAGCCCCUGGCUAGAAAAUAGUAUUAUCUUUGUAGUGUGUAUGUUGAUUCUGAAACUAAAAUUAAAUAGGUGAGACAGGAAUAGCUGAUAUACUGUAAUAACUCCAGCUGAUGCAGAUUGCAAAUGAUGCUAAUAAACAAAAGUUACUUAAUAGCUCUUUAAAAAUCUGAAAUCAUAGAGACUUAAUUGUAACCAUUAAGACCUGUAAAACUGUAGGGAAACUUUUCAAUAAGAGGUAGUGUGUCGAAGUAGAUUCUAACAUUUCAUCACAUAUCUUGCAUCUCUUCAUGAAGUUAAAUAUUAAAUAAUGUUGCCAAAAUUUUAAUAAUGUGUAAACUGACAGAAUUGUUUUUGAAAUAGUAAAAAAAAUUGAUGUGUUUUGCAUAUUGUAAAAGCAGGCUAUCAAACUGAAACUAGAAUUGUAUCUAAUGGUAAAUUAUUGUGGUUUGUUCCUGGUUUGUAUUGAGAGUUGACCUCUCCAUGUGCAGUUUUUUUUUGGUUGACAGGUGUAAAUAUAACAAUCUAUAAUUUUGUGUCACCUGUGUAAUGAUUGCUU